AUGGCUGCACAAGUCUCCUCAACGGGGGACUGCUACCUCGAGACCACCACCAGCAUCUUACUCGGUAUCGUCAUAGGCUUGACGAUGCUCAAUUUUGGAAAGGUGUUGAAACAGACUUCGCACAUUUACUCAAAAACCAAGUCGUUUACCAAUCUUUACAGCUGGAUGAUCUGGAUUUUACUUCUUGCUAGCCCCACUCAAGCGAUUAUCGACUGGCUCUUCAUUGUUGGACACAUUCUAAAAAGGUCGGUAAUCCCCGGGUUUAGCGCUGCGGAUAUCUUGCUCUGGGUGUUUCAAACGCAGCUUACACCUCAAAUCAUUGCGAACCGACUAGGACUUAUCAUGACAGAUAAGAAGAAAGUUAGGAUCAUGAAAUGCGUAUUGCUUGUGAUUAUUGGCAUAAUGAACGCUACUGUCAUCUGCAUGAUAUUUCUGAUACAAGCGACCUACCCUACGCUGGGUCCACAUAUCCAAAAAUUCUACGCCCCUAUCGACAAGGCCUUUGGUCUGCUAACUGAUCUCUUACUCAACUUGGCGUUCAUAUGGAAGGUCCAUCAUGAACUGAUCGCCAACGGUCUGACAAAAUAUCGAUUGUUGUUCAAUCUCAACAUCGCUGCUAUAAUACUUUCGCUGUCUAUGGAUAUCGCCCUGCUUGUCGUUGUGCUUGUUCUACCGAAUUCCUUUAUUUACACUUGUAUCCACCCGAUAGUCUAUAGUGUCAAACUUGCCAUUGAACUGAUGAUGGCAGAUCUGAUAGUCCAGGUCACGCAAGAGCAAUAUCAAAUGCCGGAAAUUUAG